GACAGAGGGAGGCUCCUCCUUCCUGGCCGCCCGCCUCGGAGUCUUUGCCCGCGCUGCCGCGUCUGCGUCGUCCAGUGACCCGCCCGCCUCCUUUCCUCUCGCUGCCUCCUUCCACGGGGUAUUUGAACCGCCGCGCUUCCGCCAUCUUCCUUCGCCCAGUUCUCUCUGAGGGGAAGGAAGAAAGUGGGAAAGGGAGCCAGAGAAUCAUCGGGAAGACACAGCAUGGCUGCCCCACAAGGAGAACCUCAAGUGCAGUUUAAGCUUGUUCUGGUUGGUGAUGGUGGUACUGGUAAAACAACGUUUGUAAAACGUCACUUGACUGGCGAAUUUGAGAAGAAGUAUGUAGCUACCCUGGGUGUUGAAGUCCAUCCUCUGGUAUUCCACACCAACAGAGGUCCUAUUAAAUUCAAUGUAUGGGACACAGCUGGGCAAGAGAAAUUUGGAGGUCUCAGAGAUGGCUAUUAUAUCCAAGCUCAGUGUGCCAUCAUUAUGUUCGAUGUAACAUCAAGAGUUACAUACAAGAAUGUACCCAACUGGCAUAGAGAUUUGGUACGAGUUUGCGAGAACAUCCCUAUAGUCUUGUGUGGCAACAAAGUGGACAUCAAAGACAGGAAAGUCAAAGCAAAGUCAAUUGUCUUCCACAGGAAGAAGAAUUUGCAGUACUACGAUAUUUCAGCCAAGAGCAACUACAACUUUGAGAAGCCCUUCCUUUGGCUGGCCAGAAAACUAAUUGGAGACCCCAACUUGGAAUUCGUUGCUAUGCCUGCUCUUGCACCACCAGAGGUCGUUAUGGAUCCAGCAUUGGCAGCACAGUAUGAGCAAGACCUACAGAUUGCUCAGACCACUGCACUGCCAGAUGAGGAUGAUGACCUGUGAGGGAGUGAAGCUGGAGCCCAGCGUCAGAAGUCUAGUUUUAUAGGCAACUGUCCUGUGAUGUCAGUGGUGCAGCGUCUUUGCCACUUUAUUAUUCUAGCUGAGCAGAACAUGUCCUUUAAUCAUUGGGAUGCUGAAAGAGAGAAUGGGCUUUGGAGUGAAUGUGGCAGUUAAAAAAAUUCCUUCAUUUUGGACCUGCAUAUUUAGCUGUUUUGGACUGCGAUUUACUCCCUAUUUGAGUUUCACAUCUGACUGCUGCAGUCACAUCACAGUAUUGAGUGGUAAAUCUUGUUUGUUACUGUCAUUCCCAUUCCUUUUUGUUUAGAUCAUAAUAAAGUUGUAUUAAAAAUACCCAAGCAAGUGAAUCUUUAUGAAUUAAGACUAAUUAUUUCAGUUUUUUAAAAAGUGUGGUCUGUUUAACUUAGAACCUAUCCCAACUUGAUAUAGAUUUAAGAAGCCCUUUGUUAAAGGACUUCUGACAAGCCAACAGCUUAACACAUUCUGUUUAAGUUGCAAUACUUGAAUUUAGACCAUUUAAGUUACAUUGAAGUGGCUGUUCUGAUUACAGUGCCAGGCCUCAUUCUCACUGAAAUGGUCAGCCUGUUCAGAAAGGUCUGGUUUUCUUUAGGGAGCAAAUAUUCAUCUGUUUGCAUAUUCCACCAAUACCAUUCAUAUGAACUUUCCAGAACUGAAUCUGUAACAGUUGCUACAUGUUGACUCAAAGGCAAGUCCUGUUGUGCUUUUUGAGACAUGCAUUUGAGUAGACAUAGCCUUAUUCUGACAAACAGUUUUUCUUUCGAAUUGUUCAUAUUAGUACAGGCAGGGUGACUUCUUUUGAUCCCAAAUUCAUAGACAAGUUUUAUUUCUAGUGUUUAAAAGAUAAAUUUUGAGUUCUAGACCUCUAAGUAGUAGGUAAUACUACUACUUUGAUGGCUAAAGAAGUAAUGUGGCUUGGCAAUUAGCAGGAAAUGAGAAAGCACUCAGUCAAUGCAGACUGUUGUGACUAUUGCAAUACAUUGCAUACAGUUAUACAAAAAUCAGUGAAGAAAAUAGAAAUUCAAUAUGCAUGGCUAAAGCUUGAUGAUGAGUGAAAUAGGAUGGCGUUUUGGGAGGUGGGGAUGGAUCGUAGUGUAUUGCUUGUCUCAGCAAUUACUUCCUAAAUGUGCCUCCUUCCUUUGUCCUUAAAUUUACCAUGUUACUUGGUUUACGUCAAAAGGUGUACAAAGAAUAAAAACAGAACUGCAAUUGAA